CACGUAUAUCUCUGUGUGCUUAAUUACCUUUUUCCUAGGUUUUGGGUUUCAUCGCAUCACUCUCCUUUCACAUGUUUUGCUUUUCAACACACCACCAAAUUACAUAAAUACAUAAAGGGUCUCCACUCCUCCACAGCCACUCCCCUUCCGCACUCACCACCACCACCACCACCACCGCCUCAACGCCGCUAGUUCAACUCUAUCUGAUCAUGUUUUGUUAGGUUUUGGCUUUCAAGGUCCACUGAUCCCCCUUCGAUCACAUCUUUUGCUUUUCAACAUAACACCAUAUUUCAUAAAUACAUAAAGGGUCUCUACCUUAUCCACCUCCACACGCAGUUGAGCUCCCUAUUUCAUAUUUUAGGUUUGUUUUUAGUCAGGAAGAAGCAAGAAAAUUUUGGUAAAGAUUAAAAAAAAAAAAAAAAGAUUCUCUUUUUCAAUCUUUUGGGGGAUUAUUUCAUCGUACGUACGUUGUCAUGAUUUUAUGAUGAGUUGAAAUGGUUGAAGAACAGAAGAUCAUAAGAAGAAGCAAUAUGAUGGUGGGAACUGCCACAGGGUUUGAUCCUUAUGUUAACGCAUCAAGUAACCCUAAUGACUUCUUUAACUUUGAGCAACACAACUCAGCGAGUCACAACUCAGAUCUCUUCUGGAAACCCUCUUCUCCUUCAUCUUCUUCGAAGCCCAUGAUGAUUACCGGCGUCGGCGCCGGAGAUUUCUGUCACUUUGACGAAUCAACUCUCCAGAGAUGUGUUCUGAUCCCAUGUGAACCAAAUGAAAGACCAAGUCAAGGUCUUUCUCUUUCUCUCUCUUCGACCAAUCCUUCCACCAUUGGAAUUCAACCGUUUGAGCUUGUAAGACAACCACCACAAGAUCAUCAUCAUCAUCACCAGGGGUAUUUUGGGAAGCCUAUGAAUAUGCAUGAGCAACAUGACAUGAUGACAGAUAAUCAAGACGAGUUUUUGAGAAAAUCAGAAAAUAUGAUCAACAUGGCUUCAGGUGGUGCUCAACAGUACAACAUAAGAAGCUCAAGGUACUUGGUAGCUGCACAAGAUCUUCUCACUGAGUUCUGUAAUCUUGGAACAAAGCACAACGAUCAUUCAGAAAAGACAAAGGCUCAAAGAACCAGUCAAUGGCAAGAUCAUGAUAAUUUGAAUAAUAUUAAUGCUAGCUCUUCAAAAAAUAAACCUUUAAAUUCUCUUGAAUUCUUGGAAUUGCAAAAAAGAAAAUCGAAGCUCCUUCAAAUGCUAGAAGAGGUGGAUAGAAAAUACCAUAAUUACUGUGAUCAAAUGAAGGCAGUCGUUUCCUCAUUUGAAGCAGUGGCUGGUAAUGGUGCAGCAAAAGUUUAUUCAGCUUUGGCUUCGAAGGCAAUGUCAAGACAUUUUAGGUGUUUGAGAGAUGGAAUUGUAAGUCAGAUCAAGGUGACGAAGAAGGCAAUGGGAGAAAAAGACAUUUCUGCCCCUGGUGCAACGAGAGGGGAGACUCCCAGACUAAGGCUUCUUGAUCAAACACUGAGGCAACAAAGGGCUUUUCAACAGAUGACGAUGAUGGAUAGUCAUCCAUGGCGUCCUCAACGUGGGUUGCCUGAGCGAUCUGUAUCCAUUCUUCGUGCUUGGCUCUUUGAACACUUCCUCCACCCGUACCCUAGUGAUGUCGAUAAACACAUUCUAGCCAGACAAACCGGUCUUUCAAGAAGCCAAGUAUCAAAUUGGUUCAUUAAUGCAAGGGUUAGACUAUGGAAGCCCAUGGUGGAGGAGAUGUACGUGGAAGAAACGAAAGAGAAUGAUCAUGGAAACAUUGAAGGUGUCUCAGCCAUCGAUGAAAAUACCGGAAUCCCACAAAUGGAGCAAAAACCAACGGUUGAUCAGCUCAUCCGGAGAGAUUCUGAGUGUCUUUCUUCCAUCAUCAACCACCACGACCACCAUACAACGAAAACCCUUGAUCAUGACUUCCACCAGGGUUUUGCAAGGGUCUCAGCUGAUUCUUUUGGUGCAGUAGAGCUAGACUUUUCAGCAUACAAUCACAGUUUUGGUGGUAACGGUGGUGGCGGUGGUGGUGGUGGUAGUGGUGGUGGUGGAGGGGUUUCUUUGACAUUAGGGUUACAGCAACAUGCCGGUGGUGGUGGUGGCGGCAGCAGCGGUGGUGGGGUGUCUCUACUUUACCCUAGAGAUCAUAUGGAAGAUUGCCAAACUGCAGUACAAUAUUCUUCUCUUUUGGAAGGCGAUCAAGGACACAACUUGCCUUAUAGGAAUUUGAUGGGGGCACAACUACUCCAUGAUUUGGCUGGUUAG